AUGUCUCCUGCUGCUGAAUCUACCGGUGUCUCCGCCAAGGCCGGUGCUUUCGACACUGCUUCUCUCUUUGUCGCCGACAAGGCUGCUUCCGCCGAGGCCGCCAACACCGUCGCCACCCUCGCCAAGAAGGAGGGUGUCGAGUUCUUUGGCGCUAUCAAGCUCAACGAGGCUCUCGUUCAGGCCCUUAACGACAACAAGAACCCCGCCACUCGCGAGGCCGCUUGCGCCGCCAUCUCGACCAUCUGCGAGCAGGGCGCCGGCCAGCUCCUCGAGCCGUACAUCAUCUCGUCGGACGCCAACGCCCCCUUCUCCAUCCUCCUCGAGACCUUCGCCGACAAGGAGAAGGCCGUCAAGGAUGCGGCUAUCGCCGCCGUCAAGGCCAUUGUCCAGGUCAUGAACCCCUGGGCCACCGCCGUCAUCCUCCCUGCUAUACUCGAGCAGGUCAAGACCGCCGGCAAGUGGCAGGUCAAGACCGGAUGUCUCGAAGUGCUCCAGCAGCUCAUCACCUCGGCGCCCAACCAGGUCGGUCAGGCUACCCAGGACCUCAUUUCUAUUCUUGCCGGUGCGGUACGGGACACCAAGUGGGAUGUCAGGAAGGCUGUCAAGGUUACUCUUGAGUGUGCAACCAAGCUUGUCGACAACAAGGAUAUAGAACAACUCAUACCCGCCCUCAUCAAAUCCCUCCUCAACCCCAUCGAGGAGCUUCCCAAGACCAUCACACUCCUUUCCGCCACCACAUUCAUUUCGGAGGUUACGGCACCCGCCAUGUCCCUGAUCGCUCCCCUCCUCGUCCGCGGUCUCGACCACCCUUCUGCCGCCGUCAAGCGCAAGGUUUGCGUUAUCGCCGACAACAUGUCCAAGCUCGUCGACUCGGAGUACACCGUCCGGCCCUUCCUACCGCAGCUCUUGCCCCGUCUCAUCAAGAUGGGUGAGACUAUGGGUGACCCGGAAGCUUGCUUGAUCUGCAACCGUGCUGUUGCCACCCUUCGUCGUAUCGGUCGUGUCCCCGAGGGAUCGGACGGUACCAAUCUUCCCCCUCUAAAAAUCGCUGAGGGUCCUCACAUUACGACCAAUCUCGUCGCUCUUGUCAAGACGAACGGCGGCGCUAUCGUCGAGCAGGUCAACCCCGCCCUCGCGUACGCCGGUGUCCUCGCCGCGUCGCUCGUCAACGCCCACAACUUUGACCAGGAUACCUGGCAAGACGAGCUUGUCCCGUACAUGGAGCUCGCUUUACCCGGCGUCAACUCGCUGCUGGCCGUGGGCAAGCUUCUCCAGAAAAAAGCGGACGAGGCGGAAAGAGGACACGUGAAAUACCCGGAUGAGGAGGAGGGAGAGGACCUCUGCAACAUUGAGCAUUUCGACUUGGCGUCCAGUACUAGGCUCCUCCUUUACAAUGCCAACAUCCGUCUCAAGCGCGGUCAUCACUACGGUCUUUGCGGUCGGAACGGUCUCGACAAAUCGGCAUUCCUGAGCGCACUCGGCGACGCUCAGCUCAUCAACUCCCGGUCGAACCUGGCAGUUCGUACAUUCUACGUCCAGCAAGACGUGGACGAGAGCAUGUCUAUCCUCGACUCCGUCCUCUUGGAUAAGCGUCUCCAAGCUAGCGAGCAGGAGAUCCGCCGGAAUCUGCAAUCGGUCGGCCUCAACGUGGUCCUGCAGAGCCACUCGGUCGGUUCGCUCUCGGCGGAAAACAAGAUGAGACUCGGACUCGCGCGAGCCGUCUUAUCAAAGGCGGACAUUAUCCUCCUCGACGAGCCUACCAACCACUUGGAUGUGCUCAACGUCGACUGGGUCGUCAACUACCUUACCUCCCUCACCACCUGUACCUCCAUCAUCGUCUCGCACGACUCGGACUUCCUCAACCGGACCAUUACGGACGUCCUCUACUUGAACAACUUCAAGCUCAACCGGUACCCCGGUGGUCUUCACGCGUUCGCCAGGGAGGUCCCGGCUGUGCGGGGCUUCUUGCGGCUC